CAAAACAAGAAGUCAACGAGUUGUCGUAGUAAAUGGAGGGAGGUAGAAUAACGGUGUAGCAUUCUUGUGAACUUAAACGUUUUUCUUCAAAGUCUUGCCAUUGUUCGGGCCAGAGCCAGGGGAAGGAUCAAUUCACAGAUCCACCAAUCUUCUCGAAGAUGGCUCCAACGAUCCAAACACAAGCUCAACGUGAAGACGGGCACAGGACCUCUUCACACAGAACCGUCCCUGAGAGGUCUGGUGUUGUGUGUCGAGUGAAGUACUGCAACAGCCUCCCUGACAUACCCUUUGACCCAAAGUUCAUCACGUACCCAUUUGAUCAGCACAGGUUUGUGCAAUACAAAGCUACUUCGCUAGAGAAACAACACAAGCAUGAUCUGUUGACUGAACCUGACCUGGGCGUUACAAUUGACCUCAUUAACCCAGACACCUAUCGUGUAGAUCCUAACAUUUUACUUGAUCCAGCGGAUGAGAAACUUCUAGAAGAGGACAUCACGGCUCCUACAAGUUCCAAAAGAUCUCAGCAGCAUGCCAAAGUGGUACCCUGGAUGAGAAAGACAGAGUACAUCUCCACAGAGUUCAACAGAUACGGUGUUUCCAAUGAGAAAGUGGAAGUCAAGAUUGGUGUUUCUGUCAAGCAGCAGUUCACAGAGGAAGAGAUCUACAAAGACAGAGACAGUCAGAUUGCCGCCAUUGAAAAGACAUUUGAAGAUGCUCAGAAAACUGUCACAGCGCACUACAGCAAACCCAGAGUCACUCCAGUGGAGGUUAUGCCAGUCUUCCCUGACUUUAAGAUGUGGAUAAACCCAUGUGCUCAGGUCAUCUUUGACUCGGACCCUGCUCCCAAAGACAUGUCUGCCCCUGCUGGUGUAGAUAUGAUGUCUCAGGCCAUGAUCAGGGGUAUGAUGGACGAGGAAGGAAACCAGUUUGUGGCGUACUUCCUGCCCAACGAGGAAACCAUGCGCAAGCGCAAGAGAGAUGUUGAGGAGGAUAUUGACUACAUGCCAGAAGAAUUGUAUGAAUACAAGAUUGCCAGGGAGUACAACUGGAACGUGAAGAACAAGGCCAGCAAGGGCUAUGAGGAGAACUACUUCUUCAUCUUUAGAGAUGGAGAUGGGGUCUACUACAACGAGCUGGAGACCAGAGUGCGUCUCAGCAAGAGAAGAGCCAAGGCUGGAGCGCAGUCCACCACCAAUGCGAUGUUGGUGUGCAAUCACAGAGAUAUGAACGACAAGGAGCUGGAAGCACAGGAUGCCCGCAAAGCUCAGCUGGAGAAUCACGAGCCCGAGGAUGAGGAGGACAUGGACAAGGUCCAUGAGUCUGACAAAGAGAAGGGCAGCGAGAGCGAGAACUCUGAGAGCGAGUCAGAGCACGAGGAGGAGGAGCGUCCCGAGCCCGAGGAAGAGGACGAAGAAGUGGAGGUUGAGAAACCACCGCGGCGGCGGCGGGCGAGCGGCAGUGGCAGCGAGAGCGGCGACGAGCGGCAGGCACGGGAGACGCGUGCCGACGAGGAGGAGAUCUUUGGGAGUGACGACGACAGCGACGACGACGGCGAGGCCAAGGGAGGCAGCAGGGGCGGGGGGCGCAGCAGCGGCAGCGAAGAGGAGGAGGAGGAAGAUGGCGGAGGGAGAAGGAGUGGGAGUGCGUCACCUGUGCGCAGCAGCAGCGAUCACUCGGAGGCCGGCCAGCAGAGUGGAAGCGACCAAGGCUCCGACUCCAGCGACGCCAGCGACAGUGAAUGAGAUGGCAGAGCACAGCUGUACCCCCAUACACUUAUACACACACACACUUACACUCACACUAGUACACAUGCACUCAUCUACACACACACACACACACCUACACAUAUGCACUCAUAUAUGCACACACACACACACAUACUCACACACAUGCACUUAUAUACAAAAAUGCAUACUUCCAUUAGCAAAUGCCAUUCUUGUUUAAGGGUGCAAAGCUAUCAUGUCUGACUGAAUCAGUCCUCAUCCAGCAUCCCCUCACCGUACCCAUCUCUGGGGUUCUCUGCAUGCGUAUUUCAUGGCAACACUGAUGUCGCCAGUCAUGUUCAUCUCUAGGCUGUCCCUCUCAAGGCCGCCAUGAUGUCUGGCUCCUGAUGUGUGUGAGGGGAGUGGGGAGGGCAGACUCAACUCGGACAGGUUAACUGUGCCAGCUAGAGUGAGUCUUCAGUACACAUUAACCGCUACAGUCUCCACAUGCAUUACAAUUCACUUUCAAGUCUUUGUUUUUGAUGAUCACAUCAUUUUUUUAAAUGUCUUUCUCUCUUUUUUUCCUUUCUUAUCUUGUCUGGCAUUGGGUUGGAUGGGUACAGUUUUUCUCUCUUUUGUUUUGGAGAACCUAUAGAAAUCAAUAAAUUGUGGAGCUGAUUUGAAUGAGAGCGGCACAUUGUCUAAUACUGUUAGCAUAUGCUUUUUGGUCGUAGUUAAGCUGAAACGGUCUACUGCAGUGUAUGGACAAUGUAAAUAAAUAUUAAACUGAUGUUUUUUUUUAA